AUGUUAAACCUUGCCAGACCUGCCCUCAUGGGUAUAGCUGCUCCACUCUCUGCCAGAUUUGCUGUCAGGAGUUUCACGAGCUCUGUCGUAGUCUCGAAGAAGAAGGUUGUUGACCCGACACUUCCAGUGCCACCUAAAGGACCUCCUUCGGCUUACACGUUAUUUUUCAAAUCAUACGUCUUGAACCCUUCCAACCAAACUCGAAACGAGCAAGGUAAAUUGAACAUGAGAGAAUUAGCUACAUCAGCAGGAUCAGCAUGGAACUCAUUACCAACCACCGAGAAAGAUGAGUUUGAAAAAGAAGCUAAAGAUGCUAGAAAAUCAUACGAAUCUCUAUAUAGACAGUUCUGGGAAUCAACCACAUCUGAAACUAGAAAUGAAAUCGAAAAACAAACAGGAAAAAAAGUUAAACCACCAGGAGGUAAAAAAGCUUAUUCAAAAACUAUCGCAGACAGAGUAGGUAAUCCUGGUAAACCAUUGACGCCUUAUUUCGCUUUCGCAAAAGAAAUUAGAGAUGGUGAUAAAGUAGCUAUUCCAAAUGAUUUACAAGGUACAGAAAAAUUAUUGUUUAUUUCGAAGGAAACUGGUAAAUUGUGGAAAGAAUUGACUGAUGAUGCUAAGAAGACAUAUAAAGACUCCUACACAACCGCUAAAGCCAAGUGGGACGAAUGGAAGGUCACUCAAAAGGAUCUGUGA